GAAUGCACUGGGGGCACUGGGAGGCAUAGAGGGGCUCUGCUCCCCGUGCCUGGCGCUGGGCUCGGCACAACGGCCGUCCCCGUGCCCCCAAGUGUAGGGCUGCGGCUGCACUCCCGUUUUCCCCCUGGGAAGGAGCGGGGCUGCGAUGGCCGAGUGCUUCCAUUUGCACCCUCCUCGCCCCGGAUGAUGCUUUCCCAAGCAGAGGCGUCGGCGGGGCUGGGGGGGCCCUGGCCGUGCCACGGUCAGUGUUUGCGCUCUGCCGACCUGCGGGGUGACAGCCAGAGCCCUGGGGAUGUGUCCGAGCACUCAGCGGAGAGCGGAGGUUCGGGUUCCGCUCCGACCCCACUCCCCGGAGACGCAGCCAUCCUGUUCCUCGCCAUCGACAAAUGCUCGUUGCGGGGUGUCCCAAAGCCACAGCGCAGCGAUGGAGGCGUCCGGCCCCGGGUACGGCCCCGCAGCGCACGGGGAAUGCGACGCGCCCGGGAGCCGCGGGGUGAGCCGCGCCGGGGUCCUGCAGCGUGGGAUGGGGACGCGGGCGCGGGGAGGGCAGGGCCGCUGCCGCACCGGGGGCACAUGGGUGGGUCUUUUCCCAUCAGCACCUCCCAGAGCCCCGGGAGAAGCCGCGUCCUUCCCGGCUCCCCGCAGCGCGCUCCGGGCAUUCCCCGCAUCGCCUCCCUGCGCUGCCUCCCUCCCUCCCCGCACGUCUCCGGGCGCUGCCGCCUCCUCCUCGCUCGGGCAUUCCCCGCAUCGCUCCCCGCGCUCCAUCCCCAGAGGGGGCUCUGCCUCCUUCCUUCCUUCCCUCCCUCCAGCCCCGCUUCCCCCGCAGCCCCGCGCCGGGCGGGGGCCGGGCCGGGCACUCUCUGCGGCGGGGCCGCCCGCCCCGCACCGGGUUCGCCGCAUGGCUCCUCCGCCCGCCGGGACAACGCCGGCACGGGGCACCGCCGCUGCUGCGAGUGACGCACCAUCCCGGCGGGGAAAUGCAUCCUGAAUGGGGCUGAGCCCCCCUGCACGGGAAUAUGCAGCGUCGGCGCCGCGGGAG